CUCCUUCCUUUCCUGUCCCUUUCGUUAUCUUUGGAUCCAUGGGAGCCUCCUUGGAUGGCUCGGAUCGCAUGCUUCGCAUGCUUCGCAUGUCGCUGGCCUGGCCUUGAACUUCCAUGGGCUCCAGCUCUUCCAAGGCGCGAGUGGCAGACUAUGCCCCGAAGAAGGACGCGGAAGUGGCCCCUGAAGUCCGAGUGCGUGCGGACCACGAGCUGCGAGUGGAGGAGGAGGAUGAUGAGCCCAGCCUGCUGGGCGUGACUAGGAAGAAACCACGAGUCAUCGAGAGUGCUCAGCAGCAGCCUCAACGCAUCGCACAGCGUGGCGCUGGGCCGACUGCGCAACCGCUGCGGCCGCGGCAACAGAGAGAGAGGCGUCAAGUGCAGGAGUCUCCCACAGUUUCUUCAGUGGUUCAGGUGGCUCCCUCACGGACUGCCCAAGCUUUAGCAGCUUUCGCGAUGCCUCCAGACUUUCCAACGGUCGAUGUGAGCAUCAGCAGUCGAAAGAUUCUGGCGCACUGGGUGCGCUUGGGGAGACAAGUUCUGAAAGAAAAACUGGGGCAAGUGAAGAAGAAGGAGAAAUCCAAGAAGAAAGUCCGUGUGGACAAGCUGGUGGACAUGUUUUUGGAGAGCCAGGAAGAGUUGGAGCGGAUGUGCUUAGAGGAUCCGGAGGAACUGAUCCAUUGCCAAAUCGAACUCCUGACAAGGCGUAUCAUGGACCUGGAGGACGAACUGCUGCGACAGUUCCGUUCUGCAGAGAAAGCGAAGGCAGCUGAAGCCGAAGCUGCCGCCAAACGAGCUGCAGAACGAGCUGCUGAACUCGCCAAACGAGCUGCACAGGUGCCAAAGAAGAGCGCAGUGCAACAAGCACGUGAAGCUCGAGCACAAGAAGAUCUGCAGAUCAUGGACUGGGACACGGUUUUUGACAGGGCGGUUGCCAAACGGGAGCACUGGAAAAAGAACCGUGGGCAGCAGGAAGACAUGGCUCAUCAGCAGUGGAGAAAGAAAGCCGUCAUGCGACAACCCACUUUGGCGAGUGAAGAUGCAAAGGCAGGAAAAUCCCAAGUGGCAGAGCAGCUGAGAAAAGAAAGGGAAAACUUGCAAGACGUCCUGGCACGAUUUGAAGCACAGCAGCGCCGUCAGAAGCGUCUUCUGCAGCAGCCCCAGCUGGACUUGGCCGAAGCGCUGCACGAGGAGCAGCGCCAAGCCAUGGCCGAACGAGCCGCGGAGCUGCGCUUGGAGCGGGAGAAGGUGGCCGAGAGGAAGCGAAAGGAAGAACUCAGGCGUCAGGCCGCUGAGUUGGAAAGACAGCGCCUGGAAGAAGAGGAACGACGGCGAGAGGAGGAGGAGCGAGAUCGACAAGCGCUGGAACGCUUGAAGCGAGAGAAGCAGGAGUCGGAGCGGCGUCGUGCGGAAGAACGACGCCUCGCGGCCGAACGGGAGGAACAACAGAGAAAGGAGAUGGAGGAAAAGUUUCGUCGAGCGGAGGAAGCUCGCCGUGAGCGAGAGGAGAAGAAGCGGCGCGAAGCGGCGCGGUUGGAAGAAGAGCGAAGGAAAGAGGCAGAGAGAAAGUUGGAAGAAGAAAGAAAGAGAGAAGAGAAGAGGUUGGCAGAAGAAAAACGAAAAGAAGAGGAACGCCUGGCGGAGGAGAAACGUCGGGAACUGGCAAGGUUGGAAGAGGAGCGGCGUCGGGAAGAAGCCAGGUUGGAAGAAGAGCGGAGGUUGCAAGAGGAGCGCCGUCGAGAGGAGGAGGAGCGCCGGAGACGGGAGGAGGAGAGGCGCCGGGAAGAGGAGGAGCGUUUGGUCCGGGAGCGGGAAGAAGCAGAACGUCUGGAAAUGGAAAGGAGAGAGGAAAGCCUCCUUCAAGGUCGACGCCAAAAUGCUCGACAGGCUUUGAUUGACAGUGCCUUUGACGACCUGGAAGAUGCUUGUGAUGAGGAGCUUCCGAAAGGCAAAGGUCGAAGUGCCGCAGAUUGGGCGUCGAGAGCUCUGAUGGCGUUGGAUGGCGACAGUGAUGAGGACAGUGAGGAAGAGGAAGAGGAAGAAGACAACGUAGAAGCUGACAUGCAACUCGUGAAGCUUACUGGAGCCAUUGCCAAAAAGAUCGAUCGCAUUCACAACCGAUGACUGCGUCUCACCAGGCCAACGAGUCUCACCGUGCGAAAAAGGUUGGCUGAUGGAAGCGAUGGAAGUGAUGCACGCGAUGGAAGUUUUUGUCGUUCUCAUCCGUUGGUCGAUGUCCUCAACAGGGCGCAGCCAUACACUGAUCAAUCCUUGGAGUUGUAAGAUAGCAUGGGGUUAUUUUCAGCCAGGUGAAAAGAGGAUGAGUACAGAGGAAAGAUGGGUUUGGAUGAGGGAAAGAGGAUGAGUUUGAGAAGGUGUUUUGUUUUAGCAUCAUGUUUGCAAAGAUUUCCAUGAUUUUCCCAUUGUUUCUCCUUCAACACGAUUUUCCCAUGUGUGCUGCACAUGUUCCUUAAGUUCGUACUGGCAUGUGUGCUUCUAGGCACAUUUCAGAACCUGCUUUGGCUCCAGCUUGGGCG